AUGGGAACCGCAGACGUAGACGAGCUUGUAGCUCCAGACGUGAAAGAGCAACUGAUCGAUCUAUACUUUGAGUGGGAACAGCCAUGGCAUCAUUUUGUGGACGAAAGGCUCUUCCGGGACAGCCUUCUGAGCUAUGGGUGUUAUUCGAGUCCGCUUCUGCUUUUGUGCGUCUUGGCCGUGGGUUCAAGAUAUUCCGAUCGACUCGAAGUUCGAAGCGACCCAAAUGACCCCAAUACAGCCGGCCGUAUCUUUCUGGAACCGGCCGAGACUCUACUUAGAAGUGACAUCAAGUCCCCUAGUAUCACCACAAUCCAAUCCCUGGGAAUUUUGGGUAUUUACUAUGUUGUGGGUGCCUACAUAUCGUUCUUUCAAUUCUUACACUUGGCUAAUUUCUUCCUAAAGUCCAUUGGUUCUGACAACCUUGGCUGGUUGCACUUUGGCAUGGCGAACCGAUUGCUAAUCGACUUGGGCUUCAAUUUGGACAGCACAGUUCUCACCGGCAUAGGCUCCCUAGAGAAGGAGGAAGUUCAGCUACGUCGACAAGUGUACUGGUCGUUGUACUGCAACGACAAGUUGUGGGCUAGCUACACUGGCAGGGUUUGCACCAUGCUGGACUCUCAAGGUGCUGUACCUCUGCCGACAACUCCCUUGUCGAACGAGAUGGACAGCGGGGGUGCCUCUGCUCUUUCUCGCUCUCUGAGUCACUUACUACGGGCACUGGCGACACAUUGCCAAAUCCUGGAGAGGAUAUUGAUGAACCUAUAUGCGCCAAAGAGACUCGCCUUGGCAGCAGAAAAGCGAGGCUUUUUCGAAUCCUGCAUGUUCACACUCAAGGGUUGGUACUAUUCCCUACCCAAGGAGUUAAAGAUCAACACGGCAAUGCGAACUCACGACGGCUCUCCAUCGCCUCACGCGUAUAUCAUCAACAUGGUUUACCACACCUCCAUCAUUUUAUUAGCAAAACCUUUUCUUUCUUACGGCGAGAGAAAUGCACCAAAGUUUGCAGUACCACAGCCUGGCGAAAACGAUGACUUCCCCCAGCGGGCUUCGGCAGUAUGUCUUGAAGCUGCUGGAGAAAUAUGUCGUCUGGCAGAAGGUUAUCGAGAGGCCUUCCACAGCUUCCGUCGUAGCCCCCUGACGGCGACGCACUGCACGCUUACUGCGGCACUCGUCAUCCUGUUUGUCCGGCAUGAGAAUGUACAUUCGACCGCCCUCCAGACCUUUACAGAUUUCGGCUGUUGCAUGAAGACUGUGUGA